UCAUCAUUCAGUCGUUCACUUUCAAAGCAUUUGAAUGCUCUUGGAAUUCUCCGCAAAAAAAGAAAAUAUUUUAAUUUUAAUUAAUUUUUAAAAGUACUUUGCAACAUGAUGCCGAUUUCGCUAAGGAGUAGGCCGAUUAUGAAACGUAGGAUGAGUAUAAGUGGAAUUAGGCCUUUGCCUAACCAUGCCAUAGAGAAAAUCAAGCAGCGCAAUUUUCCUGAAAAUCUCGAUAUGAGUAACCGUAGUACCGAUGAUGGACUUAGGCGUCCCGUGGGUGAAAUGUAUGGCUGGAAUGGAAACAAUUCUGGUGGACAAUUGGGUUUGGGUCGCAAUGCUCCUCCACCGCCGCAGAAUCUCGACUGGGGUUCCUCCGGUCCCAGACGCAAUCCCUCUCCCGUUGGCAUGUAUGAUCGCAAUUUGUCCACCAACAUGAUGGGCUAUGGAAACUUUGAGAAUCAACGGAACAGAGGUCGUGAAUCCAAUGAGUUUAUUCCAAACUCGUAUGCAGAGGGCAUUCACGGAGGUCGUGAGCCCGAGCGUUUUGUUCCAAAUGAUAAUUUUCCACAACCAAUGGGUUUUCGAAACAUUCAGGACGCAAUAUUUCGCAACGAACCGUUGCUGGGUAAUCAACAUUCCAUGAAUAUGAACCGCGAUGGGGGCCGUGAGAACCAACAGUUUAGGGGUCGUGAGUCCAAUGAGUUUAUUCAAAACUCGCAUCCAGAUAAGAACCCCGGAGUUCGUGAGCCAGAGCAUUUUAUGCCAAAUGAUACUUUUCAGCAAGGCAAUCAGCCAAUGAGUUUUCGAAACAUUCAGGAACCAAUAUUUCGCAACGAACCGUUGAUGGGUAAUCAACAUUCGAGAUUUGAUAAUCAUCGAGAGUUUACCAACGAAAAUUUUGGAAACGGAGGACAGCUAUUGGAAUAUCGCAGAACUGAGCCAAUUCGCAGGACUCCGGAGUUAUUGUCUAAGGUUUUUACAAUUGCGGGAUUUAAGAUGCCCUAUGUGAGUGAUGUGGAGGGCAAGCUACCCCAAAAGGAAUCAAAGUCCUAUGCAGUGCGGUUCUUCAAGAGGUCUCCCGACUAUGUCAUUCGCUUGAAGAAAUCCAAGGAUGUGCCCAUCAUUCAGCACAUUUACAACGACAUGACCCAUGAUAUGAAUUUCAUGGACGAGGAAUCCGGCGGCAAGGACAAUGCUACCGGUUUUCUGUCCAGUCGUUUGCGGGACAACAUCGGCAAGGAGUGGACUAAGGUCUAUCGGGGCAGAGACUAUCGUAGCUGGGAUCGUUGGUGGCAGGAUUUCCGAAAUAUCGAUGUAGACAUAAACGAGCAGUUGGACAAGUUCGAUUGCUUCAAUGUGAAAUACAACUUCAUGGCACCGGCUGGGAUUCUAAAUGCCACUGAGCUGAUCAAAAGGGCCACCAUCGCUCUGACCAGGAAUGGCAAUAGUUAUCUGGGAAAUAUGAAGAUGGUGUUUAACCUAAUGGACCACACUCUCCUCGGAAAUCUGGACAUACAGGCAGUGACUCAGCUGCAGGACAUUAUUCGCUCGGUGCCCAAUCAUUUGUGGAUCUACAAGCUGCGCUGCAUGAUCUACACGUGGUACAGCUUAAGUCGGGUUAUGAAGUCCAAAGACACCGUCGAUAGGAACUACCAGGCAAUCCUCAAGGAGUGGAACAGCCCCGUCAUCCACUGGCUGGCCAAGCAGGCCUUCUGGGAGCUCCGAAAUAUCAGCAAGCUUGAGUAUCCCGAAUAUCGCGAUGUCUACGGCAAAAAUAGCAAGGAAGUCAAGAAAUAAAAUAUUUUAUG